UAAUAUUUCAGGACAAGGAAACAUGGGAGCAGGAACAGAUAGAUAAAUGUCUCAGGAGCAUAACAGAAGCGCUCCACUUCCACUGUAGAGAGUACAGAGAUACAGUUGAUCCGCUGUAAUCACACAAGGACUUAAAAAGGAAAGCAGUAGCACUACUUCUCUUGGCUUUGCUGCAAGGUUUCCAUCAUAUGGGAUAGACCUUGCCAAGUGACAGGUGAGUAAGCUGUGUCAACUUUACCAACCGGAUCCACAAACUCCCUUUUGUGGCCAGCAUGAAUGUGACACACACAACAUCUUAAAACAUAUAUUCUUAAUGCUGGGGACAAGAAUUUGAUAUCUGCCACACAAGACAGAAAACAGAUCACAUGCAGUCUCAGCAGUGUGUGGAAGCGGUUGGGGACCCAAAUGGCUCCAAGAUUGUCUUCAACCAAGAGGUGGUCAUCUCUCCUGGACUCCCUACUCCUCCUCUGAGUCCUUUUCGCUCAGCGAGGCAGCCAUCUGGAGAGUCUAAGGUGUCAGAGGUGAAUGGAAGUGGCCCAACAUCUCUCAGCUUUGGAUCAUACUAUGGCCCCUCACAAUCAUAUGGGGGGCUGUCCAAUGGCGUCCAGGCCUGUGCCACUCUACCACGUAGCUGGACUCCCACCAGAGAGGAGAGACUUAUCAAGUUCUCAGGAAUUGGCCCGGUGGAUGAGACAGGGAUGCCUAUUGCCUCCAGAUCAAGUGUGAACAAGCCCAGAGACUGGUACAAGAGCAUGUUCAGACAGAUUCACAAGAAGCCAGAGGAUGAUGAGGAAGAUUCAGAGAGGUGGUCAGCCGAACGGCUCCAGUUAUCUGCCAACACAGAGGAAAAUAAUGAAGCAGACAAGAAUCUCUUCAGACUAACACCUUAUGGAGCCUUACCAGACUGGAGUGAAGAUGUAGAUAAGUUGUCAGACCCGGGAAAGCAGCACCCUCAACCGAAGAGCAUAUUCGACUUUGAGCCUGGGAGGAGCACCACCUCUGAAAGCCAGAGCCAGGCUCAUCUGUCACUGAAGAAACAGCCUGAGAAACCCAAGUCCCCUUCAGUUGAGGCCAGUCUGGUCUCUGAGCUGAGUCGGUUUGAGGCUGAGCUGGACUCGGAGAUCCAGGGCCUGGAGAGGAGACUUUCCCAGAAGAAGCAGCGUCGAGGCCGGGGUGAGGAGGCCAGAGGCAGGGAUCCAGUUGCUGCCCCCAAGACCGGGACUACAAACUACAGCAAUUUAUCAGCAUCCAAACAACCUGUCCAUCGCCCUGUUGGCCCAUCACCAGCCUCCAUUCCCACAUAUGUAGAACGUCUCUCUCCUGCAAAUGAAACCAUGGAGCACUCUCCUAAGAAAGAGGAGAAGAAGAUGAAAGCAGCAAGAGUCAAGUUCAAUUUCCAGGCUCAGUCACCCAAGGAGCUCUCACUGCAGAAAGGCGACAUUGUCUACAUCCACAGGCAGGUCGACAACAACUGGUUUGAAGGAGAACAUCAUGGCAGAGCUGGCAUUUUCCCCUCGACCUAUGUGGAGAUUCUGCCUCCUUCAGAGAAGCCAACACCUAUAAAGUCUCCCACUGUACAGGUGUUGGACUAUGGGGAAGCUGUCGCUUUGUUUAAUUUUAAUGCGGACCUUCCAGUUGAACUCUCUUUUCGUAAAGGUGAGAUAAUCAGCAUAACCAGGCGUGUUGACGAAAAGUGGUUGGAGGGGAGGAUCUCAGGGACCAGCCGUAGUGGCAUCUUCCCCGCCUCUUAUGUUCAGGUCAACAAGAUGCCCCGCACCAAAUACUCCACAGACGACUACCCAGCAGGCCCCAUGUCCCCCGUCUCACCUGGACCCCAGAGUCCAGGACGUCCACUCCAUUCACCCUGCCUGCGGUCACCAGUGUCCCCUUUCACCCCCACCUCACUCAGCCCCCAACCUGAGCACUCUCCCUUGAAGCCGUCUUCAUCUGUACCUUAUGGCAGCCCAGCUUCACAGUCACGCUCCCCCACCCAGACACCCGUAUCCAAAGAAACAGCCUAUCGGUGGCCCCACAGUACCUCCACAACUGCUUCACCCACCAACCAGAACAGUCACUGGGGUGGGACACACUCAGCUAACCAGAGCUCCAUGGCUAGAGCUGUUUCACCGCUCACCCAGUCGUCGGCCUCUGUGCAUAGAGCAGGAGCCACCACAGCGAACACUCCCAGAUACACUGACCCGUCACAGGGUGCAACAACAAACCGAGCUGCUCCUUCUAAUCCACACGUCAACUCCCUCCCACCAACACAUGGGCCAAACAACGCUGGCUCCACGAUGGUGCAACGCCUGCCAUUUAAAGCUGUUUACAACUACAAACCACAGAAUUCAGACGAGUUGGAGCUCAGAGAAGGAGACAUUGUGCAAGUGAUGGAGAAAUGUGAUGAUGGCUGGUUUGUAGGUACGUCAGAACGGACUCAUGCUUUUGGGACUUUUCCUGGGAAUUAUGUGGCACCAGUUUGACUUCCUCACUUCCUGCUUGCCCACAUUCACCUGGAUUCGUAAGAGUCUGGCCAAUCACUCCAGCUCACUCCAGCAGAUCCUGCUUUUGACACCCCAGCAAUUCUUCAUCCCAUUUCCCACCACACUCCCAAACCUGCUUUAGUCAGGCCUGCAUGUUCAUUAUUUUUACCAGAACAGAAUUUUUAAGACAGGGACAUCGUGUGGUUUCUCACCUCUCUGCAUGAGUACACGUGUGUGUGUGUGUGUGUGUGUGUGUGUGUGUGUGUGUGUGUGUGUGUGUGUGUGUGUGUGUGUGUGUGUGUGUGUUUGUGUGUGUGUGUGUUGCACUGAGACUUGGUGUUUUCACACACCAUUUGAGAGGAAAGACUGAAUGCUGAUGAUACUGUUUCAGAUGCAAAGAAUGGAGGUUUUUUUGCUCCACAACUAUUUGCAGCUGCAGGAAAUUUGCAUUCUUUCCCAGUGAACAGCACUGUUCCCUCUAAGGUCCUGGUACAGUAUGAUUCUGCAUUCAGUGUUUUACCACCACAGUUUCAUCACAAACCACUGUUGAGAAUUAUGAAUUAGGAUGGCACAUUUUUCUGGUAUUUUGCUGGACGAUUAAUGUUUCCGUAAAAUGUCUCCCCCAGAUUGUCUUUCAGAUCUCUGAAAAUAUCCUGGGCAGUUUGAGGAAACAACAUGAACAUCUGUAGAUAUGUGCUUACAGUAAAGCACAACAAGGGUUCAGGCAUGUCAUGAUAAGGGUACAGCCUUCCAUGAGGCUUUUCAGAGGAGCAAAAUAAUUAAAGCAUGUACUGGUUUCUUUUUAUUAAUAGCAACAUUUUGGGCAUUUUUCUUUUUUGAAUCUGUUCCCUCAUGAUGGCAAAAGUAAAAAGAGAAAUUAGAUAGUAAUCAGGGCUGUAAUGGGAAUCGGUUUGCUCUGAAAUUCAAUUUGUACAAGAUCAGGUGUGUUAAAUAUCUCAAAGUAUGUAAUCUACACAAUGCCUCCAAAGCAAAUGAGCAAAUGUUCUUUUGACAUCGUUGAAGUAAUGCUGUAUGUGCCAAAUCUAACCUUUUAUGACAUGUCUGUGUUAAAACUUUCCAGUAAACAUUCUCAGCUCACUUUCUGCCGUGUUUACUACUACUGCUUUUAUAAUGUUUUCUCUGCUUAAGUUACAGGGUUAACAUUUUCACUUUGACAACAGUAUUCAGAUUUCACUUAUGUUUGUGCCAGUGCAACCAAGUGUGAGCUUUCUAAACCUAAUUAUAAAACCCUAUCAUGAAGUCAUUUGCAUCUUUUUUAUGAUAUAUUCAUGAUUUCUUUGUAAAAAUGAAUCACGUGCGGUAGACACAGAAGAUGAUUGUACAGGCUGUGACCUUUUAUCAAAUUUGAAAGUAUAAUAUAUAUUUGCUUAUAAAACAAUGUAUCUUAUAUGUAUGGUACGCAUUUUUUUAAAAGCAAUUAAACAUUACAGAGUGAUA